UUAAGAAGCAUCUCAAGUCCUCAAGACAAAAUCAAAACACACAAAAUGUUCAAGCUGCUGGUUGUUGUUUUUGCCGCUCUGUUCGCCGUUGCCUUGGCCGUUCCUGCCCCAGCUCCGCUGCCCCGUGCCAAUCCUGCACCCAUUCCCAUUGCCAGCCCCGAACCCGCCCCCCAGUUCUACUAUGGAGCUAGUCCCUAUGCCUAUUCCGGCGGAUAUUAUGCAUCUCCCUACUCCUACUACGGCUAAGAACUUAAUCGAACCCAACUCGUGAUAAUGGAACUGCAAACGGAUUAAACGGAAUAUGCGCGCGCUGGCAACUCUAAUUAGUCAUAAGUGCUUGUAAAAUCGCAAAAAAAAAAAAA